CUCCAUCAUCAAGGAUCUCCUCUUCAGCAACAAGCCAAGUCGCAGCACAAAUCGACCGCCUCCAACAUCAAAACUCAAAACCCUCGUUCGUAAAUCUUCAAUUCAAGAUGUUGUCAGGCUCCUUCAGAUCCGUCAUCCUCGCUAUCGCUUUCUUCUUCGUCUUCCAGACGACCUCAGGUUUCGCCCUCCCCAGAGCCUUCAAGGGCAGAGCUCUCGCCGAAAGAUCUGUCCCAGUUGUUGCUCGAGACUCUGCUCCGGCCUACUCCUACGUCCCUAUCCCGAGCGGGUACCCUAUCCCCUCUGGCCUUCCUGCUCCCUCUGGCCUCUCCGCUCUGCCCACCGCGGCCACCGCCAGUGCACCGUUCCCGCUGACCAACGGCACCACCACCUCCAUCCCUGCCCCCACCGGUACUGGAGUCCCCAAGCCAACUGGUUGGUAAAUGCAGUCACGGUGAGGUGUGCUGCCCGAACGGCCGGAGAAAGCUUGAAAGCUGAAGGUGGAAUAUGAUCAAACGCUGCUGAUCGAGGCUUGUUGGAACGUAACGGACUGGAAUCAUAAGGGGUAUGACUUUGUUGAUGAGAGAUAGGUUGGAUGACUGGGGUCUGGAGUAUUGUUCUUUUCGCAUAUAGACCGCAGUGCUUGCACUCGUUUCUUGUAUAUGGAUUUUAGUCUUAUCUGGAUAGGAAAUUUCCAACAUUCGUUUCUGAGC